AUGGGGCUUACAGAUGUGACCUCGGCGAUGAGGCUGACCUCCACCGGACUUCAAAGCUUACAGCUGGCGCAGGGAGAAAAAGCAAUUUUGGGCUGCACCUACAUGCCAGAUCCUGCUGACGUAGGAGACCUGGACAUAGAGUGGACGCUGAUCAGUCCUGACACGACACAGAAGGAUCAGCUGAUGAUUUCAUUCUCAGGUGGAAUUAAAUAUUUUCAUGCUGGCCAAGAGUUGUUGAAAGGAGUGGAUUUUUUGGCGGCCGACCCCUCUUUCGGUGACGCGUCUCUCUCGAUUGAGUCGCUCACAUCUGCCCAUGCUGGAACAUACCAGUGCAAAGUGAAGAAAUCUCCUGGAGUGGACAUGCUCCGGAUUUCCCUGGUGGUUAUGGAAAAACCAUCAAGACCAAAAUGUUGGUUGGAAGGAGACGAGGCCGUAGGAAAACCUGUAUCUUUACACUGCAGGUCCGAUCAGGGAUCCCCACCCAUCCAGUACGUGUGGAGGAGAGAAAGCGGGGGUCCGAUUCCUCCCGCCGUAACCCAGAACCCGUUCCUGGGGGAACUCAUCAUCACCAAUCACUCUGUGGAAUUGGCUGGUAUCUACGCGUGUGAGGUAUCUAACCCUGUUGGGAAGGAGCUCUGUCGACUCAACCUGCAAGCCAUAAAACCUCCUAACAGAGCUGGUGUGAUAGCUGGCACUGUCUCUGGAUGCCUGCUGCUUAUUGGAAUCAUCCUCAUUAUCCUCUGGCUCCUGUUUUUCCGGUUCAAAAGGAGGCAUAAAAGCUUUGAGAAAGAAUUCUCCAACGAAAUCAGAGAGGACGUUCCAGCACCUGAGAGCCGGCCAACUAGCCGUGGUUCGAGCCGUCACUCCCGAUUAGCCUACAGCCAGAUGAUCCAAACUCACGAUUACCAGCCAGCGUUCAGCAGUCCAGGAAGCGCUGACACAAAGUACUCCAGCAAAUACGGCGUUGUUGUGUAG